AGCUUCUUCUUCUUCUUCUUCUUCACACACAGCAGCCGGCUGGCUCUGCAGCGAGGACCCUCCGGCGUGUGUGUGUGUGACAGACAGAUCUCGUCGCGCCGGCUCUUUAAAAGCUCCUCUCUCGUCGCCUCCCCCCCCCAGGCAGGAACCCACCAUGACGGACGUGGCCACCAACAUGCGGCUCAAGCUGCCGAUCGCCUGCUUCAUCCUGCAGAUCAUCCUCAUCAUCCUCUUCGGCGUCCUGGUGGAGUACGACCACGACACGGACGCCCGGCUAUGGCACAGCAAGAACCACUCCGACUACGAGAACGACUUCUACUACCGCUACCCGAGUUUCCAGGACGUGCACGUGAUGAUCUUCAUCGGUUUCGGCUUCCUCAUGACCUUCCUGCAGCGCUACGGCUUCAGCAGCGUGGGCUUCAACUUCCUGAUUGCGGCCUUCUCGCUGCAGUGGGCCACGCUCAUGCAGGGCUUCUUCCACGGCAUGCAUGAAGGCAAGAUCCACAUCGGGGUGUUGAGCAUGAUCAAUGCAGAUUUCUGCACCGGCUCCGUGCUCAUCUCAUUCGGAGCCGUUCUGGGUAAAACCAGUCCAUUCCAGUUGCUGGUCAUGGCCAUUUUUGAGGUCACGCUGUUUUCUGUCAACGAGUUCGUCCUGGUAACUGCCCUGGGGGCUAGAGACGCGGGAGGCUCCAUGACCAUCCACACAUUUGGAGCCUACUUCGGCCUCAUGGUGACCCGAGUCCUGUACCGACCCAACUUGAAUAAGAGCAAACACAGGAACAGCUCGGUGUACCAUUCAGACCUGUUCGCCAUGAUCGGUACCAUCUACCUGUGGAUGUUCUGGCCCAGCUUCAACUCGGCCAUCACGGCCCAGGGCGACGACCAGCACCGCACGGCCAUGAACACCUACUACUCCCUGGCUGCCUGCACUCUGUCCACCUACGGCAUGUCCGCCCUCACGGCGCACGACGGCAAGCUGGACAUGGUGCACAUCCAGAAUGCCGCUCUGGCCGGGGGAGUCGCAGCAGGAACGCCCGUGAAAUAAUGUAACCCCUUACGGCUUCCUUGAUUGUCGGCUUUCCUGGCCGGCAUCAUCUCCGUCUGGGGCUUCAAGUCCCUCUCACCCGUCCUGGAGAACAAACUGAAGAUCCAGGACACCUGUGGAGUCCACAACCUGCACGGCAUGCCCGGCGUCCUGGGCGCCAUCGUGGGGGCGGUCACUGCUGCCGUGGCAACCACAGACGUCUACGGGAGAGGGAUGAAAGACGUCUUCCCCGACGUGGCGAGCGGUGACAUCACCGCGUCCUACCAGGGCCUCGUGCAGGCCAUCUCCCUCGCCGUCACCCUGGGCAUGGCCUUGCUGGGGGGGCUCAUUGUCGGUUUCAUCUUGAAGCUCCCCGUGUUCGGAGCUCCUUCUGACUCCAUCUGCUACGAGGACAACGUCUACUGGGAGGUACCGGGAGAGGAGGAUCACGAGGAGCAGCUGACUGCCGUGCACGCCGCGGAGGCCGAGAAGCUCAAUUAGACGCGCACGUCACUCACGCACGUCACGCACCAUCGCGAGCUCCUGAGUGUUUAAAACAAAUAGACAACAAAGUCCGAUGUAGAAAAACCCUGAGAUAUUCUGUGCAGAACCUUAGCCCCGCCCCCGCCCCGCCCCCCCGCCGGUGCAGCCUGUUGGCCACUAGAGGGCGCCCGCGCGCUGCGGCGUCGGUCUUAGUGUUUCUACCAAAGACAAUCAGACUGCAUUCAGGAGGCGGAACAAGAAGCUUUUACAAAUGUUUUUUAUGCUUUUUCUUACUUACGGGAUUUCAUGUAAAACAAUGCAGAUGUUUUUCUAGGAUGUUUAUUUCUGUUUAUUCCCUGAUACUUAACGUUUGGGCCUUGAUCAAACGCUGCAUGAUUUUAUGACCCUUUUAUAUGAAUUGUUUCUUGCAGCAAAAGUCAAUGUAUUUUAAAAUGUAUUUUUGGCCAUAACUGAUGUGGUGAAAGCUGCUUCCAGUUUUAAACAACUUCAUGGAAAUUAGAACAAUAUUGGAUUAAAUACGUUUUUUUUCUCUCAUUUCAUAUCUAAUAUUAAAGAGUAUUGAUGGUUCAUGUAAGUCCCAA